UUCAGAGACGCGUCAUCAGAGUGCGCUGUGUUGUGUUUCUGCAGAGAGGCUGAAGAGAGUAAACUGUUCUUAUUAAACAGAAUCCAUGGAGUAAAGGUUUGAUGGAGAAGAUCACAGGGAUCCAUCAGAGUGAUCAGAUGCUGACGCUGUCCACAGAAUGACCCGUGAUGAAGAGGGUGAGCCAGUGGGGGGUCUUCCUCUCUGUGGGGGUCCUGCUCCUCUACGUCCUGUUGGUGAAGCAUCACCUGGGCUCCGGGCCUCAGAGCGUCGGCCGCCCGGCGCACCGAGCCGCCGACGCUCAGCUGUUCCAAUACGGAGUCAUGUUCGAUGCCGGGAGCACGGGGACCAGAGUGCACGUCUUCAGGUUCACCGUGCACACCAACGCCGCUCCGUCUCUGUCUCAGGAAACGUUCAGAGCCAUCGAACCGGGCCUCUCUGCGUACGCCGACGACCCCGACCAGUGUGCUGCCGGGAUCCUUCAGCUGCUGGAGGUGGCUAAAUCCAGCGUCCCCCCCCCCGCCUGGAGCCGGACCCCCGCGGUGCUGAGAGCCACCGCGGGACUGAGACUGCUGGAAGGGGGGCGAGCGAGAGAGCUGCUGACGAGGGUGAUGGCUCUGUUCGUGGAUUCUCCCUUCCUCUCUCGAGACGACAGCGUGUCCAUCAUGGAUGGCACAGACGAAGGGAUUUCUGCCUGGAUCACCGUCAACUUCCUCACUGGUGACCUCCACAGAGCCGAUUCCUCCACUGCUGGGAUGUUAGAUCUGGGAGGAGGAUCGACUCAGAUCACCUUCAAGCCUCAGGACGAGAAAACCAUCCAGACGUCUCCCAUCGACUACAUCAGGUCCUUCCAGAUGUUCAACAACACACACACUGUGUACACGCACAGCUACCUGGGUCUGGGCCUGAUGUCGGCUCGACUCGCUGUCCUGGGAGGAGCCCCCCCCCGGGGCAGCAGAGAGCUGGUGACCCCCUGUCUCUCUCCGGGGUCAGAGGUCAGAUGGGAGCACGCUGACGUUGUUUACACUGUGAGCGGCCAGGAGUCAGAGGGCUCCGUGCUGGAGGCGUGUCGUCUGCGUGUUCAUCGCCUGUUGUCGGGUAACGUUUUGAAGGUGGAGGCGGACGACAUCGACUUCUACGCUUUCUCCUUCUACUACGACCGCGCCGCAGAGCUCGGACUCAUCGAGGAGCAGACGGGAGGCAGCGUCAGAGUCUCAGAUUACAGCGAGGCAGCGGAGAGAGUGUGCGGGGGGGUGGGUGCGUCCUCCGGCUCGAGCCCCUUCCUCUGUCUGGACCUGCUCUACAUCUCCACGCUGCUGCAGGAGCUGGGGUUCCCCCCCCACAAAACUCUCAAGCUGGCGAGGACGAUCCAUCAGGUUGAGACCAGCUGGGCUCUCGGAGCGACUUUCCAUUACAUCGAGUCCCUGAACACACACUGAGGCUCUUAUUCUGAAAAUCCUCCAUUACAUCGAGUCCCUGAACACACACUGAGGCUCUUAUUCUGAAAAUCCUCCAUUACAUC